CUCGGGCUUCCGCUUCCUGUUUUCGCUCCUGCUAUUUACUUCCCCGUCCGCCCGCCCGCCUUUUGCCUUUGCCGGGUCGGCUGUGCUCGUUUCGGGUGGGCUUCGGAGGCCGCGGGCGGGAGGCGGCCAUGAAGAAGUUCUUCCAGGAAAUCAAAGCGGAUUUGAAGUUUAAGACGGCCGGCCCGGGCCAGAAACUCGCCGAGUCGCCUAGGGAAAAAUCCACCAAGGAAAAACCCAAACCGGACGCUCCCAAAUGUCGGCAAGGCCCCACCAACGAGGCUCAGAUGGCUGCGGCCGCUGCCUUGGCUCGGCUGGAACAGAAGCCCAAACCCCGUCCUCCCUCGUCCCAAGACGCCAUCCGGAAUCAGGUGAAAAAGGAGCUUAUGGCUGAAGCGGCGGCGAGCGAUAAGGGGAUCCCUGUGGAUCAGAAGAAUUCCUUACUUGAUGUUGAAGAAGAAGACCCUUCCUCUUUGUCUGUCUCGGGCGUCUAUUUCACUUGCCCGUUGACCGGCGUCACCAUCCGAAAAGACAGAAGGGAGUCGCAGAUCAGAAACGCCAUCCUGGAGUACUCUGCCAGAGAUCCCGUCGCCGCCUCCAUCAUGCAGAUCCACACGUUCAACAGGGACCGGGAGAAGGUCAAACUCGGUGUGGAGACGAUCGCAAAGUAUCUUGAUAAUAUCCACCUCCACCCGGAGGAGGAGAAAUAUCGAAAAAUCAAGGUGCAGAACAGAGUUUUCCAGGAAAGAAUCCACUGUCUGGAAGGAGCAGACAGUUUUUUCCAGGCGGUUGGGUUCGAAAAAGUCACUCUGAAUGUCGCAGGACAAGAAGAGGCCACGGAGGACUUCUACGUGCUGAAGGACGAAGCCUUGGAGAAGCUGGAGGACCUGAGAGAGCACAGGGAGCAGCUGCUGACCGGCGAGCCGGUGAGGGCCCAGCUGGACCGCCAACUCCGAGUGUUCAAGCCGUCUCCGCAGGCGUCUCGCUUCGAGCUGCCGAACGACUUCUUCAACCUCACGGCGGAGGAGCUGAGACGGGAGCAGAGGAUGCGGACAGAAGCGAUUGAAAAGGCCUCCAUGCUGAGGACGAAGGCCAUGCGAGAGAAGGAGGAGCAACGGGAGCUGCGCAGAUACAACUACACCCUCCUGCGCGUUCGCUUCCCUGACGGGUACAUCCUGCAAGGGACGUUUUACGCCCGAGAGCCGGUUUCCGCUCUGUUCCAGUUUGUGCGGGAGACUCUGCAGAACGACUGGUUGCCCUUUGAGCUGCUGGCCCCCGGUGGCCACAAGCUGGCCGACGAGGGCCUGGCCCUCAACGAGUGUGGACUGGUGCCCUCCGCGCUGCUGACCUUCGUCUGGGACGCCGAGGUUAUGGCGGAUAUCCAAGCCUCCCGGGGCGAGCACAUGGGAAGCGUGCUGAAGCCCGACCUGCUGCUCACGGUGCAGAUGCUCUCCUGAAAAUAAAAGGCGCCAUGGGGUUGGAUCGGCUCCUUCCUGUGUGCUCCCCGACUCUCCUGAAGCCAGCCUCUCCACUUCCCUCUGCGCCUGGUCUUCUACGCCCGUUAAAGAGACACAGACGUGACUUUCCUAGCCGGCUGUUGAGCUGGCUGGCGAGAGGGCAGUUACCCAGGAGAAGAGCCGAUUUUGGCUUUCCCAGGCUUGGCAGGCGGAGCGCUCAACCUGGGAAGGCAAAAAAAGGAUAUUUUUCCAGCGUAGCCGCUUCUAUUUUCUUUUCUUUUUUUUUCUUUUGGGAAGUUUCACAGAUCUCCAUCGUGCUGGUCUUUUUCUAGCUUCAAAGCACCUUUUGGGGUGGGAAAAGAGGCAUGGCAUCAGGGCGAGGCCCAGCAAACGGGAGAGUUGUUUGCUUAAAAACAAUCCGCGGUUUACGCUGGCCGAUCAUGGUUUUUGCCGAGCACUUUUAGGCCUGCACGAGGUCCUGAAUCACGUGGUUUUAUUUUUUUUUUGUUUUAGGACAUAGAUAAGCCGUUAGCUUUAUGGGAGAAGGAAUGUACGUACAUUACAGUCGCCGACCUGCGUGUUUGCUGCUCUUUAAGUUAUAGGUUGUGGGAAAAGAGUUGUAAAGGAUCCCGUAGCUUUCCCCCCUGCCUCCCCCUCCAGUAUUUUUACAGAGGCUGUUUUGGGGCAGGAAUUGUUGCAAGAAAUACACAUUUUUUUUAAAAUAAAAUCCUGUGCAGCUGUUGACGUUGGGAGGGGGUUUCUUCCAGUUGUUGGAGCGAAUCCCUCGGAGCAGUGCAAGCUAUUGUGAGUCUCUCUGCCCCGUUUUUGUGGACUUGCGUGUUCCUGCCUGCUUCCUCUGCUCGUUCCUACAAGGAACGAGGGAUGCUGCUUUAGACCUGGGUUCAGAUUUUUCUUCCACGCUGCUGGGGGUGGUGGGGCAGGACAAGUAGCUGAAAUUAAAAGGUAGAGCCACGCACACACCCCCACCACCCCAUUUUAGCAGUCUGGGGUUAACCAUUUUUGGUUUUGUUGGUGGUUCCACUCUUAUCCAAUAGAGCAGUGUUUCUCAACCUUGACCAUUUUAAGGCAUGUGGACUUGAACUCCCAGAAUUCCACAGCCAGCAAUGCUGGCUGUGGAAUUCUGGGAGUUGAAGUCCACAUGCCUUAAAAUGGUCAAGGUUGAGAAACACUGCAAUAGUCUUCGUUUCGGCCAGUCGGAGUUCAGUGGGGAGAUAAAUGCCACUCUUAACGAUAUACAAAGAUACACAUUAAACGGGGGUUAUUUUAUUUUAUUUCUAACCUCUUCUCCCUUUGUUCUGUGGAAAGUGGACUCUUAACCUGUUGAAAUGCAGCCUGUGGAAAGUCACUUGCAAAAAAAUGUGGUCCUUCUCUUCCCCCCCC